AUGGGGGGGAGCACGCGGAACGUAAGAGUCCUGCAGGGGGACAAUGCCUCCGGCCAGUCUCCGUACCAGAGGUUAAGUCGAAGGAUGCUGGACAUUUCCGGGGACCGGGGCGUGCUAAAGGACGUCAUCCGAGAGGGGGCCGGAGAGCUGGUGACCCCGGAUGCUUCCGUGCUAGUGAAAUAUUCUGGCUAUCUGGAGCAUAUGGACAAGCCUUUUGAUUCUAAUUGGUUUAGGAAAACUCCCCGCCUGAUGAAACUCGGAGAGGAUAUUACACUCUGGGGUAUGGAGUUGGGCCUUCUGAGCAUGAGGAGAGGAGAGCUGGCCAGGUUUCUGUUCACACCACCCUAUGCCUAUGGAACACUGGGCUGCCCUCCCUUGAUCCCCCCAAAUACCACUGUCCUGUUUGAGAUUGAGCUGCUUGACUUCCUGGACUCUGCUGAGUCAGACAAGUUUUGGGCCCUUUCAGCUGAGCAACAAGAUGAGUUUCCACUUCACAAGGUCCUAAAAGUGGCAGCUACUGAACGGGAGUUUGGCAACUACCUUUUCCGCCAAAAUCGUUUCUGUGAUGCCAAAGUGAGAUAUAAGAGGGCCUUGUUGCUUCUCCACCGACGAUCAGCACCCCCUGAAGAGCAGCAUCUGGUGGAAGCAGCCAAGCUUCUUGUUCUCCUUAACCUGUCCUUUACGUACCUGAAGCUGGAGCGACCUACCACAGCCUUGAGCUAUGGAGAACAAGCUCUGAUCAUCGACCGGAAGAAUGCUAAGGCCCUCUUCCGGUGUGGACAGGCCUGUCUACUCAUGACUGAGUAUCAGAAGGCCCGAGAUUUUCUAGUCCGAGCCCAGCAGGAACAGCCCUUCAAUCAUGACAUCAAUAAUGAGCUGAAGAAACUGGCCAGCUAUUACAGGGACUACACAGAAAAAGAGAAAGAGAUGUGUCACCGAAUGUUCGCUCCUUAUAACGGCGCUACAGUAGGAAAAAAUUGAAGAUUCUUCAACUAAACUACAGAUGAGAGUGGCCAGGCUGCUGGAGUUCUCCAUCACUGGGGCGAGGGGGACUUUCUGGAAAAGAACUCCCCAGCACACUGUGUUGCAGGGAAGCGCUUGGAAGUCGGGGCUGGAAUUCCACAGCCCUUGGCCAUUGCCUCAUCUCUGACUGACGCAGAUGAAAUGUGUUUUCACAGGUGCUAUUUUCUGCUUCACGUUUUCAUACAGAGUCGGGGAAAGUGUAGCUACUGACAAGUAGAAAAAUGCUAUUUUUUUAAAAGGCAGUUUCUUGUUUUUCUUAAAUGGAAUUAGUCCUUGGCUUGUCUCCCAGUCCUAGCCCCCCUUCCGGCUGUUAAUGUCCCUGGGUAAAUACAAAUAGAGAUUGCUUUGUGUAUGUUAUAGGGUUUUCUGUUUUAGAGAGAGAAUUAUGUUACAUAUGUUUUUGUUCUAAAUAAAUAAAACCUUUCUCUGUCCCUGCAAGA